UCAGGGAGUUAUAAAAGUCCCCUUAGGAGUCUUCAACUUAACAUCAAGUCUGAGAAUCUUUGCAGUAAAGGUGCCCAUUCCAAUCAGUAGCCAUGAAGUUUUUCCUGGUCUCCGCCCUUGCCGUUGUGCUAGCCCUGACACAUGGCACUGAGGCUCUGUCUCUGGUGAAACGGGAGGCCCCACCAUCCUUGCCAGACUUUGAAAGGCUGACCAAGUACUUCCAGGACCUGUCUGCCACACUUACCAGUGGCACCCAGGACCUGGUGGAGAAACUGAAGGCUCAGGAACUGACAAACAAGGCUCAGGCUUACCUGGAGGAUAGCAAAGCUCAGCUGCAGCCCUUGGCCGAGAACAUCCAGGCCCAGCUCAAGCCCCUCGUUGACAACAUUGAGGAGCAGCUCCGGCCCCUGACUGACAACCUGCAGUCCCAGCUGAAGCCCCUGGCUGAGAACGCCCAGGUCCAGCUCCUGGAGCUCUGGAAGAAGUUCCUGGACCAGGCUAAAGCCCUGGCUCCAGCACCCCAGCAGUAAAAAUCAAGGGCGUACCAGCAUGUGGCCCUAGUGUAAAAUUCUCUGGGCCCAUGCUUUGUGACUGUCUGCUUGCUUUCAAAUGUCUGUCCUCCUACCCCUUUACCUGCAUUUGUCAAACAAUAUGCAAUAAAAUGCUCAAAAGCUGAA